AAUGGCGGCUAGAUGAGUCUCUCCACUACUACAGAGAAAAGAAAAAGUGUGUGGAAAAACUCUGGAUAUAUAUUUGGAAUAUCGACAACAACACUCACGGGUGUCUCACAACACCUUCAUCAGUGAGGAUGUCGCGCUGGGUGCCCACGAAGACGGAGAAGUAUGGAGUAGCAAUCUAUAACUAUGAUGCUCGCAGUGAUGAAGAGCUGUCCUUACAGAUCGGAGACACUGUACACAUUCUGGAGACUUACGAAGGAUGGUAUCGAGGGUAUCGGCUGAGGAGAAAAUCGAAGAAGGGCGUGUUUCCGGCUUGUUACAUAAAUCUGAAGGAGGCCACUGUUGAAGGCAAUGGACAAAAGGAGACGGUCAUUCCUACUGAGAUUCCGCUCAUUCAUGAGGUCACGACUACAUUGCGAGAAUGGGCGGCAAUAUGGAGGGACCUAUAUGUGGGCGACAAGCGUGAGAUGUUCAACACGGUCCGAGACAUGAUCUACGACUUGAUCGAAUGGCGCUCCCAGAUCCUGUCCGGCACGCUCCCGCAGGACGAGCUGUCCGAGCUCAAACAGAAAGUCACCUCUAAGAUGGACUACGGGAACAAGUAUUUAGAUCUGGAUCUGGUGGUGAGAGAUAAAGACGGGAAUAUUCUGGAUCCUGACCUGACCAGCACUGUCAAUCUGUUCCGAGCACAUGAAGCCGCAUCCAAGCAGAUUGAAGCUCGCAUCCAAGAGGAGAAGUCCCAGAAGCAGAACAUGGAUUUGAGCCGGCAGGCCAAGUUUGCCUCCACACCCUCGUUCGCCCUGUUCGUCACACUCAAGAAUGUCGUGUGCAAAAUCGGAGAAGAUGCAGAAGUGCUGAUGUCGCUAUACGACCCGAUUGAGUCCAAGUUUAUCAGUGAAAACUAUCUUGUGCGCUGGUCCAGUUCAGGUUUGGCUAAAGACAUCGAUCAGCUCCAUAACCUGCGUGCCGUAUUCACUGAUUUGGGGAGCGAAGACCUGAAGAGGGACAAAAUCAGUUUUGUUUGUCAGAUCGUUCGAGUGGGCCGGAUGGAGCUCAGAGAUAACAACACUAAGAAACUAACAUCCGGCCUCCGCAGACCCUUCGGUGUGGCAGUAAUGGACGUCACAGACAUCAUCACGGGCAAGAUGGACGACGAGGACAAGCAGCACUUCAUACCCUUCCAGCCGGUGGCGGGCGAGAACGACUUCCUCCAGACCGUCAUUAACAAGGUCAUCGCUGCCAAAGAGGUCAAUCACAAAGGUCAAGGUUUGUGGGUCACACUGAAGUUGCUUCCAGGUGAUAUUCAUCAGAUCCGGAAAGAUUUCCCUCACCUGGUGGACCGUUCCACCGCCGUCGCUCGCAAGAUGGGAUUCCCAGAAAUCAUCAUGCCAGGUGAUGUUCGGAAUGACAUUUACGUGACACUGGUUCAGGGGGAUUUUGAUAAAGGAAGUAAGACGACACCUAAAAACGUGGAGGUCAGCAUGUCUGUACAUGAUGAAGAUGGAAAGAAACUCGAGAACGUGAUAUUUCCUGGAGCUGGUGAUGAAGGUAUUCUGGAGUACAAAUCGGUCAUUUACUACCAGGUCAAACAGCCACGCUGGUUUGAAACCAUCAAGGUUGCGAUCCCGAUUGAAGACGUCAACAGGAGUCACCUGCGGUUCACCUUCAAGCACCGAUCGUCUCAGGACUGCAAAGAUAAAUCAGAGAAGAACUUUGCUGUGACAUUUGUGAAGCUGAUGAGGUACGACGGCACGACGCUUAGGGAUGGAGAACACGAUCUCAUCGUCUAUAAGGCCGAAGCCAAGAAACUGGAGGACUCCACCAUGUACCUGAGCUUGGCCUCCACCAAACCAGAGAUGGAGGAAAGAAAUCCGUCGUCCGGGAAGAACACGCAGAAUCUCGGCAGCUUCUCCAUCAGCAAAGACUCGUUUCAGAUCUCGACGCUUGUUUGCUCCACCAAACUCACGCAGAACGUUGAUCUCCUGGGGCUGCUGAAGUGGAGAUCCAACACCAGUUUGCUCCAGCAGAAUCUCUGUCAUCUGAUGAAAGUGGAGGGAGGCGAGGUGGUCAAGGUAUGUGUGAAUCUUCUGACGGACAGAAACACAAACUUGCAGCUUUCAUUCAGACCUCCGUUUGGAUUCAUGCAGACAUUCAUGCUGCUAAUUUACUUUUCCCUCAUGGAUCAUGUGUUUGAAUGCCAGUUAACUCCUGAAGGUGGUGUGUCUCAUGCAGUGAUUUCUCUGGCCGUGUUUGAUGGCAAACACACUCGAGCUGUCUUCAUAAUCGGACUGAUCGCAGACAGGAAGUUCCAUCAUUUCAAUCCUGUUCUGGAGACUUACAUCCGCAAGCACUUCAGCGCCACCCUCGCCUACACAAAGCUGACAAAAGUCCUGAAGAACUACGUGGAUAAUGCGGAGAAGCUGACGGAGCAGCUGCUGAAAGCUCUGAAGGCUUUGGAGUACAUCUUCAAGUUCAUCGUGAGAUCCCGCGUUCUCUUCAACCAGCUCUACGAGAACAAAGGCGAGAGUGAUUUCAUGGAGUCCCUGAGGAAUCUCUUUGUCUCGUUUAAUGGCAUGAUGAACAGCAGUGCUGAAGGGACCGGCGGGGUGAAGGGUGCUGCACUGAAAUACGUCCCGACUAUCGUCAAUGAUCUGAAACUGGUCUUUGAUCCAAAGGAGCUCAGUAAGCUGUUCAGUGAGUUUAUUCUCAAAGUUCCUCUGGGGCGUCUGGUGAAGCAGAAGUUGAACUGCAUGAUUGACAUCGUCCACAGCGACCUGUUUACUCAGCAUGGUACGUAUAUACAGACACACACACACACACACACACACACACACACAUUCUCUCUAAAGGUCGCUUCAUGCUACCUCUGUCGCAGUGCUUUGAAAGCAGCUGCUGGUCUUUCUAACUCUGCCAGUGUUUUUGGCACCAGUAGUAGUGGAAAAAUGAGAUUUGAGAAGUUGUUGAGCUGUAGAUCUUUUUGUCGUAUCUCGCUGAAGGGCGGCUCGUCUCAGAGUGUGUUUGCGGCCGCUGAUUCCUCCAGCACGCGCUUUCCAGGCCCGACGCAGUGGCACGUUCAGAUCAUAAUGGAGAAGCUGCUGAGGACGGUAAACAGGACUGUGAUCUCCAUGGGCCGAGAUUCUGCUCUCAUAGGCGGUUUUGUGGCGUGUAUGACCGGCACUCUGCGGCAGAUGGACGACUAUCACUACACCCACCUCAUCAGCACCUUUGGGAAGAUGCGCACAGACGUGGUGGAUUUCCUCAUGGAGACGUUCAUCAUGUUUAAGGAUCUCAUUGGGAAGAACGUCUAUCCUGCCGACUGGGUCAUAAUGAACAUGAUGCAAAAUAAAGUCUUCCUGCGAGCCAUCAAUCAGUACGCCGCCGUGCUCAGCAAGAAGUUUCUUGAUCAAACCAACUUUGAGCUGCAGCUGUGGAAUAACUACUUCCACCUCGCUGUGGCAUUCCUUACCCAGGAGUCUUUGCAGCUGGAGAACUUUUCGAGUGACAAACGGGCCAAGAUCUUCCACAAGUAUCAAGACAUGAGGCGACAGAUUGGCUUCGAGAUCCGAGACAUGUGGUACAACCUGGGUCCACACAAAAUCAAGUUUAUCCCUGAGAUGGUGGGUCCGAUUCUGGAGAUGACGCUGGUUCCUGAGAUCGAGCUGCGUAAAGCCACCAUUCCCAUCUUCUUUGACAUGAUGCAGUGCGAGUUUCACUUCAGACGCUGCUUCCAGACGUUUGAGAACGAGAUCAUCACCAAGCUGGAUCAUGAGGUGGAAGGCGGCCGAGGAGACGAACAGUACAAAAUCCUCUUCCAGAAGAUUCUGUUGGAGCACUGCAGGAAGCACAAGUAUCUGGCUAAGACUGGCGAAACCUUCGUAACUCUGGUGGUCCGUCUGUUGGAGAGACUUCUGGACUACAGGACCAUAAUGCACGACGAGAACAAGGAGAACCGCAUGAGCUGCACAGUUAACGUGCUGAAUUUCUACAAGGAGAUAGAGAGAGAAGAGAUGUACAUCAGGUACCUGUAUAAGCUGUGUGACCUGCAUAAGGAGUGUGAUAACUACACAGAGGCCGGAUACACCCUACUGCUGCACGCUAAACUCCUCAAGUGGUCUGAAGAGGCCUGUGCCGCCCACCUGACGCAGAGAGACGGUUACCAGGCGACCACUCAGUGUCAACUCAAAGACCAGCUGUACCAAGAGAUCAUCAAUUACUUCGACAAGGGCAAGAUGUGGGAGGAGGCCAUUAUCCUGGGGAAGGAGUUAGCCGAACAGUACGAGAACGAGAUGUUUGACUUUGAGCAGCUGAGCGCUUUACUGAGGAAGCAAGCUCAGUUUUAUGAGAACAUCGUGAAAGUGAUCAGACCAAAGCCGGACUACUUCGCUGUAGGUUAUUAUGGGCUGGGCUUCCCCUCGUUCCUGCGGAAUAAGAUGUUCAUCUAUCGGGGGAAGGAGUAUGAGCGACGGGAGGACUUUGAGGCCAGACUGCUCACUCAGUUCCCCAACGCUGAGAAGAUGAAGACCACGACCCCUCCCAGCGAGGACAUCAGGAGCUCCUCUGGACAGUACAUUCAGUGUUUCACAGUGAAGCCCAUCCUAGAGCUGCCACCAAAGUUCCAGAACAAACCCGUAUCAGAGCAGAUCAUCAGCUUUUACACCGUGAAUGAAGUCCAGAAAUUCCAGUAUUCACGGCCGGUCCGGAAGGGAGAGAAAGAUCCGGACAAUGAGUUCGCUAACAUGUGGAUUGAAAGGACGACUUUCGUAACCGCCUAUAAGCUGCCGGGCAUCCUGCGCUGGUUUGAAGUGGUGUCCGUCUCAGCGGAGGAAAUCAGUCCGCUGGAAAAUGCUAUGGAGACAAUGCAACUGACCAAUGAGAAAAUCAACAACAUGGUCCAGCGCCACUUAAACGACCCCAGCCUUCCCAUCAACCCCCUUUCUAUGCUCCUCAACGGCAUCGUGGACCCAGCUGUCAUGGGCGGCUUCACUAAUUAUGAGAAGGCGUUUUUCACUGAGAAAUACAUCCGUGAACAUCCAAAUGACCAGGAGAAGAUUGAAAAGCUAAAGGAUCUGAUUGCCUGGCAGAUCCCGAACCUGGCUGAAGGAGUCCGCAUCCACGGCCAGAAGGUGACGGAGGCUCUUCGUCCAUUUCACGAGCGUUUGGAGGCGUGUUUCAAACAGCUCAAAGAGAAGGUGGAGAAGCAGUACGGCGUCAGAACACUACCUCCCACGUCGAACGAGCGGUGGGGCAGUCGGCCGCGUUCAAUGGUUCGGUCCUUCACCAUGCCGUCAUCUCAGAGGCCGCUGUCUGUCGCAUCUGUGACGUCCAUAUCAUCAGAAAACUCUCCCUCCAGACCGGGAUCAGACGGAUUUGCCUUGGAGCCCCGUAGAGCAAUCAGUCCGUUGAGGCCCCAGAGGCCCAAGAGUCAGGUGAUCAGCUUGCUGGGCGAGAAAAGGCUCUCGGUGUCUCCGGGAGCCCCUGCCAACCCGUCUGCGCCCAGCAUCCCACCUCCCAUCACGCCCCGGGCCAAACUGCAGUUCAGCUUACUGUCUGGAUCCAAUCUGGAGCUGAAUGGGACGGGUUAUGGAGAUAAGGGCGAAACUCCGCCCCCACUUCCUGUCAAGAGCAGCAUGGGCGACUAUGGAAACCUGAUGGACAACUCAGACCUGGCCAGUCCGACCACGCCCCCUCCUCCACUGCCACACCAGCGGCACCUUCCACCUCCGUUACCCAGCAAGACCCCUCCUCCUCCUCCUCCAAAGACCACUCGAAAGCAGACCUCCAUUGAUUCGGGAAUCGUCCAAUAAGCGAGAAGACGGCAUCGUCAAACAGAGACAUCCGCAUCAGCCCCCUUCCAACGAUUUUACGUCAACAUCCCUGACAGUAUGGCAUGAUGAAUACCUCACCUCAGCCUGCUCAUAACGGCUGAUUAUUGUCCACUGCCAGGUCACCACUCUGAGCCUCCACCCCAGUGACAAUACAAGCUCGGAGACGCAGUCCAUUUCACAUCACUCCAGGCGUCAGACCACAGCACAUAUAGAUGCAGUGUAACUGGAGUCAGGGAAUUCUGGGUAUUUUUGGCAGAUGAUGCAUGUUUAACUAAAGCUCCACUUGAGAUGAAUUGAGGGUUUUCUCUCUUUAGGCAGGAAGACACUUUUUAUGCACAUUAUCGUUGAGACACGUGACCAAUUCAAACCAUUUUGGUGUCGCAUAAUCAAAGUUUCCUUUUUCUCUCAUUUUUACAUGAUAUUUUUAUCCUCAAUAUUUACACAUUUAUGU